AUGCAGAGACGAAUGCUCACGAAAGAAGACGAGCAGGCCGUCGGCGACGAGGUCGAGGUCAGACGCGAGGACCAGGACAAGAUCAACAAGUUCAGCCGGCUGCACCAACGCGAGCUCAAAUACGAGGAGGACCUCAAGAUCAAGAGCAAAGAGAAAGAAGAGCUCGACGACAUAACCAUGGAACUGGAGCUGGCCGACGAGGACGACAAGAUCCCCUACAAAAUCGGCGACUCGUUCUUCCACGUCACGGUAUCACAAGCACAAGAAAUGCUCGAGGCAUCUACAACCAGGAUCGAGGAGGAUGUAUCACAAUUGGAGGACAAGCUCAACGCAGCUCGCGAGGAGAUGACACAGCUCAAGGUCGAGCUCUACGCACGGUUCGGAAAGAGCAUCAACCUCGAGACAUAA